GUUCCAGAGGCGAAUGUAAAUGUAAAUACGAGUGUACACAAUUGCACGAGUGUGUAACGUCAAAAGUCAAAUAAAAAUAUUGCCUCGGAGUUGAGCUUUUGUCUGACAGACAGUUAUUCCGGCAUCUUCCAUUUAAUCAGCUGCAUUGAAACAAUUACGUUCCUGAAUUCAGCUCUAAGAUUCGUCGUUCUCAAGUCUAAAGUUUUUCGGAUACACCUGAUUGUGUCAUUCCACAGUAGAUCUUAAAAUAAUUGCAUAUCCAACUGGAAGAGAUUUUGCCACGUCAGGAGUUUUCAUUAAUUUUUGCCUUUUUUUUAUUCCAUUUUAAAAUCGAUUGCAAAGGUGAUUCUCGUUUUCAUUACCAGAGAACUACUUUCUACCUGUUUCUACGCUUGUGCUUCACCUAAAGUUUGAAAGGAAAGUAAAUCUAACAGCAAUGGACGACGAGGGUUUUGAUCCAUGCGAAUGCAUGUGGAAUCACGACAUGGCAAUGCAGCGUCUUUUGUCCAUUUUGCGGCAAACACAGGCUUACUGUACUGACAAUGAGUGUCUCUCCGUCUCAAGGUUGCCAGGACCAUCAUCCACUCCAAGCAACAACUUUUUCAUGAUGUUUUUGAUGUUCGGGAUGUUCAUUCUUAUGUAUGCUCUUAGGCCAAGGUCCCUCAGAUCAAAAAAUAAGGAAGACAUGAAAGCUAAACGUAACCAGCCCGAUUCGAAUGAUGAUCCUCCAACACCUCCACCAACUGUCAACUGAACACCGGUUAGCAACUAGAAACGUUCGUGAUUGCAGUUUAAGCGUUUGAUAGAAUUAUUUAACGACGAAACUAACAAUCAGUAAUUUUGCAUUUGAAUUUGACUGGGCUAUCAAUGCGGACACGAUUCAAUAGUAUUACUAACUUUAAAUGGAAACCAGAAAAUAAAAUUGGUGCUCCAUUACACAAAAAAGGCUGUGCCACAUUAAAGCGCAGUAACUGAUGAUUCAAAUAGUUUAAAACGAAACGCUUAACUGACAGUAAAGAAACAGUUUAAUGAUGAACAUUUUUAACUUCAUCUUUUUUCUUCGUGAAAAGACUUGUAUAUAGCUAAACUUUAUACAGUUUUAUAAAGCGAUUAAAUACGAAUUUUAUUCUUUAUACACGCACUUAUCCAUACAUCUUAUACAUGGUUUCAAAGUAUGAAAUCACGUGAUCAGUUACUUUGUUUUAAAUUGGAAUGGCUAAGUCUUCCUGAAAAUUGUGCGGUCUGGAUAUCGCAUGCUCGCAGCCCAAAAGCUGCGGUUUUUAAAGUAUCUAUAGUCUAUCUUUUGGGAUGGGUUCAUUCUUAUUCAACUUUCUGACCUUCGUUAAAAAUUUUUAGAGCAAGAGUUCAGAGAGUCGAACUUUGAACAGUUUUGCGAUUUAAUCCAGGGUCUUUCAUUAUUUUAAAAAUCUCGAGCUAGAAUCUCUAUAAUUCCAGGUGAAUUAUUGUAAAAUUGUUGACCCUUUAUUUAAGAAAAAGAUGGGGCACUUGUGAAAUAAUCUCAGAAAUAUAAAAGAAAUAAUUAUUGUAAUUUAUUCUAUGGUGCGGAAAUAUUUAUUUUUGAUUUAAUAUUAUUUGAACGAUAGUCGAAUAAAGGGUCGGUUGCAAGUGGUUGUAAAUUUAUAUUUUAUCAAGCACGUCUAUGCCGUUUUGUGAAAACAGAUUUAAUUCAAAUCAUGGGCGGCGCUAUACAAUGGAGUGGACCGUGCAUAAUCUAUGAUCCAAAUUUUUCAGACCAUAGAAUUCCAGUGUUCACAUAUAUUUGUAGCACCUCCCCUCAUUUGAAUAAGAUGUUAUUUAGCUAAUUUUACUUGUAGAUUAUUAUCUACCAUGUGCAAUAUAAAUACAAGUUUUUAAAAUUAGUUUUGUAGAGACAAACGAUUUCUUUGUAAAGAUGUGAAUAAAAUCCAAACCAAGAUUGUACAUUCCUGCAUAAUAUUUUGAAUAAUAAAGAUCAGAUCAUUA